AUGGACCUGGUCGUCAUGCAGGAGCUGAUCCACGCAGAGAGCCACCAAGACUCUGAUGCCUUGCAGCGAGCUUACCAGCUGAUCAAGUCUGCCAAUCUGGGGAAGUCAGAACUGGAUCCCUGGGAAAGCUUCAGCCCUGACCUGUUUGUGCUGUGUGCAGAGCAGGCCCUUAAGAUGGGACAGCGAGAGGUAAGUGAAGACUGCAUCCAGAUGUACUUCAAGGUGAAGGGGCCGGUCACCCAGUUCCUGGGCCGAGCACAUCUGUGUAGGGCCCAGUUGUGUGCCCCACAGGAGGACAACCUGGAGGAAUUUGAAAAUUGUGUAACUCAGUACAUGAAGGCUAUAAACUUUGCAAAAGGAGAACCAAGGUACUACUUCCUGGUGUACAACGCAUCAGUGCUCUACUGGAAUAUGGUGAGGCCAUUUCUCAAGCCUGGAUGUCACCAGCAUGUGAUCCCCAGCCUCUCCCAAAUUGUCAACGUGUUAAAUCAGACAGAGGAAGAAGACAAGGAGUGGAGAGCUGAGCUGAUGCUGGAACUUCUUGAGUGUUACCUGCAGGCUGGAAGGAAGGACGACGCCGUCAAGUUCUGCUCCACGGCGGCGCCCUUCAUAAAAGCCAACGUGCCACACAAGUACCGGCACAUCUUCUCAGUCAUGGUUCGCCAUGAAUUAGCGGACGUGCUUCAGUUAAAGAGAGAAAAGAAAAACUCCAUCAGCCUGUCUGUGUCUUUCCACAUUAACACUCUGAAAGCAAAAUUGGAUAAAAAUGAUUUGCCCGAAGACCUUGACUCUGUUCUGAAGAAGGCCUACAAACACCUGAGUCACUACAAUCACCAGUGCUUCCCUUCCAUCAGAGAGGAAAAAAUACUUUUGCUUUUUGAAUUAGCUCGUCUUUCUCUGACCUUGAAAUGUGAGGAGAUGGUCUCUAAUUGCAUCUUGGACCUGAAGAAAAUUGAAAGCAAAGAUCCUGGGAAACUGAUUGAGAUCGAAUGUCUGGAGUGUGAAUUGGAAGCUUUGCGACUUGAAAGUAAAGUUAAAGUCUACAUCCGCACAGCCGUGGAGGCCCUGUUGAGCAUCAUCAAGAGGCUGGACAUGGCACUGCAGCGUUCCAUCCCUGGGGACCCCCGGGCCAUCCAUGUGGUGUGCACCACGCAGUGGAACACCUGCCUGCCCCUGCUGCAGCACAGCCUGCGGUACCACCUGCGGAAGCCUCUCACCAACAUCGCUGAGAUCCUGGAGAAGGUGGACAGCCUCAUGACCCUGCUACGCUGUCAAGUGCACAUGGAGCUGGCACAUAUUGAAGAAGACGAGGACCGUCUGGAGCCUGCCAUGGAGCACCUGCGGAAGGCCAUGUGCCUGGAUGGCCUGCACCUCUACCAGGACAAGCUUGAGACGGCCUUCAACCGGCUGAGCCUAUGCACCAUGCUGUACCAGUCCCCUGAGCGCGCCGAGGACAAGGCUAUCAUGGCCAUUGAACAGGCCAAAAAAGCUAUCCUGAAAGACAAUGUCAGGAAGAAGCGGGCGCUCCUGGUGAACGCGGGGCUGGCCCUUGCCCCCGACACCUUCCAGGUUGUGCUGGACAGUGAGAACGAGGCCAAAGUUUCUACUGGGAAAAUCCGGGGCCGGUUCACCUAUCUGUGCGCAAAGGCACGCCACUACAUGUUCAGUGUGGACAAAGCUGCUGGGCACCUACGGCGUCUGGGGAACGAGAACGACAGAGAAAGAAUUCAGAUUUGGGCAAGUCUGGCCAAGGUUGCCCGAAAGCAGGGCGUGUGGGAUGUCUGCCGGGCAGCAAGCCGCUUCUGCCUCCUCUACGACAACAUCAAGACAAGGAAGCCAAUGAGACUGAAGCGAGGAAGGAGGAAGAAAGUUGCCAAUGGCUCCUCGCAGGACAUCUGGGGCCAGUCUGAGGUGGGCCUGCAGAAGCCAGUGCCCCAUGAUCUGCUGAGGAAGUUCGCAGAGGUGGGGUUCAUCAACGCCGAGGCCACCGUCCACUUGCUGCGCUCAGAAGGUGUGGAGCUGAAUGACCAGGCCAUCCCACCUGAAGACACUAGCCAGCAUCCAGCUGGCUAUGUGCCUGAGCCUCCAGACACCAACACAGAGUGGAUCACGUACAGAACCUGGAUAGAAAGCCUGUCACGCUAUGCCAUGAGUAACUGGCUGCGCUCUGCAGAUAUUGGGCAGGAGAUAGGGGAACCCUGGAUCGUGCAGAACGCUGUGGUCUAUGUCCUGAACCACAACCACCAUCUCAUCGUGGCUGGGCGGCAGAAGGAGCUUGUGGACGCCUUGGACCACCUCCUGAGCAUCGUCAAGGUCACAGGUCACAGUGGGGACUCUGUGUUGCUUGCUAUGCUGUGCAAUGCCCUGGCUCGAGGCCUCAUCAUCAACUGGAUUCCUACCCAGACCCCUGAAAAGCUGAAAAGGUCUGUGCGGCCAGUUAUGUUUCACACUCCCUUGGACUCGGGAGCCACCUCUGAGACCAGGACAGCAGUGGAGGUGUGCGAGUUUGUGCUGAACCUGACCAAUGGGAACAUGCCCGAGGAGGUGGUCCCCAUCAAAGUGCGACAGCAGGUCAUCGCCACCUGGGUGAAAGCCAAGCAGCUGCUGCAGCAGCAGAUCGGACAGCGGCUGGGCACCGAGGAGCAGAGCACGGAUGAGGACAUCAGCUCCAUGACCAGAGUCCUUGUCGCCCUUGAAAUGUACUCGUGCAACGGACUGGGUCUCAUGGACUUCACCGUGCCCUCCCUGGCCCAGGUGGUGAAAAUGGCUUCUGAGUGCAACUGGUCGGACCCCGUGGUGGAGCUGCAGACCCUGACACGCCUGACGCACUUUGCCUACGCGGCCCAUGACCAUGAGGUCACCAUGGCAUGCUCUCAGAAGGCCACGCAGAUGGGCAUCAGAUACCUGAGGACAUUUGAUCA